AUGAUAUCUCUAGCCAAUACAUUGUCUUUUCUUGACAAUUCCAAGUAUGAUUGGAAAUCAAUUAUCGUUGGAAUCACAGUUGGACAGUACGUGUUCGAAAAUUAUUUGAACUAUCGUCAUUAUCAAGUAUUGAAAAGUAAAGCUCCCCCAGUUUCAAUUAAAGAAGAGGUUAGUAAAGAAACUUUUGAUAAAUCACAAGAGUAUUCAAGAGCAAAGUUGAGAUUUAGCGUCGUUUCUGACACGUUUAAUACUUUGAAACAUUUGGCAUUAAUUCGUUUUGAUAUUUUCCCAAAACUCUGGAGCUUCAGUGGAAGUCUUAUGUCGAAAUGUGCAUUCUUUUUACCAAAAUUCAUGAGCGGUGCUAUUACACAGUCUUUGUUCUUCGUUGGUAUUGACAUGGUCAUAGAGUCUCUACUCUCUUUACCAUUUUCUUACUAUUCUAAUUUCGUAUUAGAGGAGAAAUAUGGCUUCAACAAAUUGAGCAUAAAAGUAUGGUUAGGUGACCAGAUUAAAAUGUUACUUGUUUCGUUUGCCUUAGGUGAGCUUGCUUUAGCUGGUCUUUUGAAGAUUUUCGAUUACUUUGGUGAUUCUUUUAUAACAUACGCAAUGCUAUUUAUGUUGGCUAUCCAAUUGAUUGGUAUGACUAUUUAUCCAACUCUUAUCGCUCCCUUGUUUAACAAAUUUACACCCCUCGAAGAUGGCGAAUUGAAGGAUGCAAUUGAAGAUUUAGCUAAACAGCAAAAUUUCCCUGUGACAAAGCUAUACGUGGUAGAUGGUUCAACUAAAUCAGCACAUUCUAACGCAUAUUUUGUUGGCUUGCCUUGGAGCAAACAGAUCGUCUUAUUUGAUACUUUGAUUAAUCAAUCAACGAAGGAAGAAAUCGUCGCCGUGUUAGCUCACGAGAUUGGACACUGGAAAUAUAAUCAUUUGCUUCAAUUAGAAGUAUUUUAUCAUUUUCACUUAUUCGUCGUGUUCUUUCUUUUCUCAGCUUUUAUUCACAAUAAAUCAUUGUACAAGUCUUUUGGUUUCCGGGAUGUCCAACCAACAUUUAUUGGAUUCCUCUUGGCGAAUGAUUUGUUUCAACCGCUUGAUGCUAUUGUCCAAUUUGGGAUGAAAAUGAUCACAAGGAAAAAUGAAUAUGAGGCAGACUCUCACGCUAAGAAUUGUGGAUAUGAAGGCGAGUUAGCCGAAGCAUUGAUCAAAUUAAAUAAAGAGAAUUUGGGUAGUAUGAAUGCCGAUUGGUUGUAUUCAUCGUAUCAUCAUACACACCCUCUCUUGCCGGAAAGAUUAGCUGCUUUGCACUAUGUCUCAAAGCAUAAAAUUUCUGAACCAGAAAAGGAUAUAAAAACUGAUUGA